CAAGCUUUUCUCGCGCCUGCGUAAGAUCCUCCAGCCCGACAGGGGGCGAUAAGCCGAUCCUUACGCGGAUUUGCCUCGCUGGAGUAAUCCGGAAGAGGCCUCUUAUCAGGGCUCUGGAGGCGGCGGCGGCGGAUACUUGGGGUCUGGACGCGACGGCGGCGGGAGCAUGAACGCCCCUCCAGCCUUCGAGUCGUUCUUGCUCUUCGAGGGCGAAAAGAAGAUCACCAUUAACAAGGACACCAAGGUACCCAAUGCCUGUUUAUUCACCAUCAACAAAGAAGACCACACACUGGGAAACAUCAUUAAAUCACAACUCCUAAAGGACCCGCAGGUGCUAUUUGCUGGCUACAAAGUUCCCCACCCCUUGGAGCACAAGAUCAUCAUCCGAGUGCAGACCACGCCGGACUACAGCCCCCAGGAAGCCUUCACCAACGCCAUCACCGACCUCAUCAGCGAGCUGUCCCUGCUGGAGGAGCGCUUCCGGGUGAGGGCGGGGCCCGGAGGGGCGGGCGGCGUGGGCUGGACACCGGCCCAUGUGCCCAUGCCUGGGACAGCCCUGGCCUGUUUCUUUGGAGGUCCUGGGGGAGAGGCGGUGGUGAUGGAAGGGCAGGGACUUCCACCACAGGCUCCAGGACGUGUGGACUGAGAGGUUGUGGAGUCCAGGCCUGCAGCUUGCCUGCCCCAUGGGACUUCCGUAGCGCGGCAGGGUCCCCUCGUGUGCUGUGAGCCGGAUCGGGGCGGGGAGCUGCUGUCCUUUGGGGGUGCUCUUCUACGUCCCUUGUCUGUGGUUGGCAAGGUCUGGUCCUUCCAGGCCUGUCUGGGAGGCAGCUCACCCCAGGGUGGCCCAUGCCUGUUCCCGGCAGGGCACCUGGGAGUCUAUAACAGUUUAGAGGGGAAAAGAGCCACAGCUUGGGGGAUUUCAGUGUCUUGAGUCAUCUGCUCACCAGGAAGCCUGUGGCCCCUGACUCCCGCCUGGGCUGCCAUAGAGAACAGCUGGACUGGGCCAGCUGGGAGGGCUCUUCGGUUGCUCCACUGUCCUGGGGAGUGUGGCCCAUGGCUGCCCUCCAAGAAGGGCCUGGCCAGGGGAUGCUGGGCUUGUUUCCCCAGCGUCCUUGCCCCAGGCAUUCCAACCCAGUGUCUGCCUU